CGAUAUGGGCGUUUCGAGACACGGUAGCACCGCGGUCCCAGCCGAGCUUGAGCUCGCGCGAUCGCGACCCCACCUGUUGAUCGUCGAGGACUCGAGGGAAACGCGUGCUAGCGAAGUUGCGUGGCAGCCCGAAAGCCUCGAGGACCUGUCAGGUCUCCGAAGCAGUUCUGUAGACUACGCCGCCGCGUUACUGCUGGCAGUCAUGGCGGCAGUACUGCUAGCCGCCGUCGGGUACCACUGCGCUGCCACCUGGAGAUGGAUCGUGGGGAGGUGUGUACGAAGCCGCCGCGCGUCUGAAGAAAGCAACUGCGAUUCCCUCUCUCGUCAAGCCGCUAUAAGGAUCAGCCACUCGCUACCUGACCUGCAGACCGAGCCCCUCAAGCAAGAGUAUGUUCAAGAGCACAAGGACCCGGCUAACAAGAAGGUUCUAAGGCAAACGACGCUGCCGAUCGUACCGACGCGCCUGCAGACUUUCCAGCGGCAGCUUUCCUACCGCCUGGACCUGCCUUCGAUCCAGUUCAGCAUCUGCAGCCUGGAGAGAGCUGACUCGUCUAUUGGACUUAUCAAGCCCGAGCUAUACAAGAACGAGCUGGUUCGUCAGUCGUCCACCGACAGUGCUGAGCUGGAGUUCUGCGGGAAACUUCACUUCGCGCUGCGUUAUGACACGGAGGUUGAGGCACUUGUUGGCAAGAUCUUCGAAGCUCGUGACUUACCCAUCAAGGACGUGACAGGCAGUAGCGACCCCUACAUCAAAGUGUUCCUUCUGCCAGACCGCAAGAAGAAAUUCCAGACUAAAGUACAUCGCAAGAACUUGAACCCGGUGUUUAACGAAACCUUCCUGUUCAGUGUCCCAUACGAAGAGCUUCGCCAGCGCUACCUUCAGUUCUCCGUGUACGAUUUCGACCGCUUCUCGAGACACGACCUGAUCGGCCACGUGGUCCUCAAGGGCCUGCUGGAAUCGGCAGACCUGCAUCAGGAGAUCGAGUAUACCAUGAACAUACUGGCUGCGCCACAGGAGAAGAAAGACCUCGGCGAGUUGAUGCUCUCACUCUGUUACCUACCCACGGCCGGUCGACUGACGGUGACUGUCAUCAAGGGAAGGAACCUUAAAGCUAUGGACAUCAGUGGAUCAUCAGACCCAUACGUGAAAAUAUGCCUUAUAUGCCAAGGCAAGAGGAUAAAGAAGAAGAAAACCACAGUCAAGAAGAAUACACUGAACCCAGUCUACAACGAGGCUUUGGUCUUCGAUCUGCCUUCAGAGAACGUCUUCGAUAUUACGCUCUUGGUCAAAGUUAUUGAUUAUGACAGGAUUGGUUCCAACGAGCUGAUUGGGUGCACGGCCAUCGGCUCGUCCCUCAUCGGUAUGGGUCGCGAGCAUUGGCUUGAGAUGCUGGACAACCCUCGGAAACCGGUGGCUCAGUGGUACCCGCUCAACAAGAGCCCACCCUCCAACAUCACCCUACCUACGAAUGACCAGUCGAAUGGCCUGAGCUGCUUAAAUGGAAGAUGAAGAGACGGCGACUGUGAACCAUCUCAAAAUGGCCGUUAAACAACACAAAAUGGCGCGCGUCCGCAGAAAGCCGCGCUUUCAAAGGAACGGGAAACGUUUUGGAAUUCUCACGAUGCCAAAUGUAUAGGUAUAUAUGUGACUAAAAUAAGGGUUGUAUGUCCAUUUACUGUAGUUUAACAAUCGGUGUUCGGUGAUAUUGAUAGUAGUGUUAGAAUAGGUUAGAUUGUUUGUUACAGUAGACAUGAAUUUAACCCUUAGCGAUUAUUUAUGAUUAGUUUUAGACGUAGACAUGUAUACCUUUAUAUAUUUUAUAGUUAAAGGCAUAUCCUGAUAGAUAUCAUGUCAUAUCUUUGUCAUUCAACGUUAUUAAAUUUGGAGCCUUUAAUGUUUUCUUGUCCCUUUUUGCUCUGGUGGUAUUUAUACACUUUUAUAUUUAUAAACAUAUUUUUAAUAUACAUACGCACACUCUCUUCAAGACUAAAUCGCGUCAUGUAGAAUUAAAUGUACCUCUAAGUGAUUCAAUGUUGUAAAAUUGUUGUCAGUUGUAAUAUAAAUUAAAAAUGUAAGUAAAGGGUUAAACAGACUUGGUUGGAAGGGUUAGAUGUUAGAACAGAAUCGGGACAUAUCCAAGAGGAAAUAUUGCGAGUUCUGUCUUUUCUGUUGUUAAUAAAUUGCAUUAUUUGCAAUUAAUGUUAGAAUUGGGGAUUCUGCAAAAAUCGUCCGGUUCUUGUUCAUACCCAAGUCUGUUUGAGCGCCACAGUAUUUGUAUGCGCCAUGAAAUAAAGAUAUUAUAAUGAAAUCAAAUAUUCUAUGAUACCAUUUUACUACAUGCACAAAAGAGUUAGUUAUUUUCAAAACUUGGCGAAUGUUUGAAACAUUCUUUAGUGUCGGACAAUAAUGUAGAGGGAAACGUUGCAAGAAAAACACGAAAUAUGUUUUUUUUUUCACAUUGUGUGCACAAUACUUAUAAAAAAUAUAUAAUAAUAUUCCUAAUGUAUGUUACCAUCUUUUUAAGAUAAAAUUGAAGCUUUAAAUCGUAUUAAAUAAAUUUUAAGAAUAUAUAUUAUCAAAUGAUUAAUUUUUAAUAUAAAACUUUUAAUUUAUAUAUAAUUAUUAUAAAACAGUCAAACUGUGUUGUCAAAUAGCUAUUUAUAUAAGCAAAAUGGAGGAAAUAUUCAGUUUGAUAAGUUAAUAAAUUACAAGGGAAUGUAUUUUAAGUAAAAUAAUUUGUUUUUUAAUAAUUAUAGUUUGGCUACCUAUGCACAUUAUUACUUGCAUAAAACAAAUUUGACUUUAAACAAAUUAAAAAAAAAUUAAAAUCAGUUUUGAGUUAUCGUGAGCUCUCAAUUUGUACCUAUAAUAUUUACUAAACAUACUAAACAUUGUAUUUAAAAGCCAAAGGUUUCUUAAAACCUGAUCUUAUUCAUGGCUGUUUCCUAUCAGAACAAUAGUUAUUUGUUAUACAAGGGGGCAAAGUUGUAUUUUAACGCCGAGUGUGGAAUUGAAAAACGAGCAAGUGAAAGGAUUCUAU